AAAAGUUGUCUUUAAGGUCAUUACUGAUUUGACAUUAUCAGAGUUCGGAAGAGCUUUCGCUAAGACGUUGACAAGUUUGCUAAAAAGUUGAAGGAAAAAUUAACAAAACAUUGCAGUCUUAACAUGAAGUUGGCAAUUACUCUUUCUACAUUAACUCUUGCAUUUGUUUGUGGAACAACAUUUGUGGAGAGUAUUCACCCAUUUUGGUUACCAACGACAAAACCAAUGCCCACUUUACCUCCAAUUAGUGACAAGGAGUUUUAUGACAAAUUCAAACAAAUUCCUCCAAUAACUGUGACAGCAGAUAAAAUUGUAAAGAAAUUCUUUCGUCUGCCAUCUUCUGUCCUGAAUAAACGAAGAAUCUACCUUGAAGACACAGCUGUUGUAAUGGAUUCAUCUGGUUCCAUUGGAGAUUGCGAGUACAAGAAGGGAAAACAAGCUAUAAAAAAUCUCAUAAAUAUAAUAUUACCUGACAGCAUCGACGGUUACUGGGCUGGUGUUCAGUACUCCAAUAACGCAAGAAUUAUGUUCAAUUUCUUUCCUGCUUCACAAGCUGCCACAAAAUCUGAUUUGUUUUUUUUUGAAAAUGGAGGGACGAACACUGCUGACGGUUUAGCAAAAGCAAAAGAUUUAUUUGAUGAUCCUACGAAAGGAAGCCGUCGUGGUGCACGUCAAAUGGUGUUCCUUGUGACAGAUGGACAGUCAAACAUAGAUCAAGGCCAAACCGUUCCAAAUGCAAGAAAACUGAAAGAUGACGGUGUAGAAGUCUUUGUUAUCGGUGUUGGAGAUUUUAGCAGUGGAAUUGAAGAAAUAGUUCAAAUUGCUUCAUUACCAGUGGAAGAUCAUGUUCUCAGAGUUAAGAGCUAUGGAGACAUGAUCGAUGUUGUCAAACUUGUGAUCAAAAAAUUAAUCCCGGUCAAUAUGUAAUAGUUGAGAAAAUUCCUCCUCCUUGUUAAAAGUGAUUAACCCUUUGUCGCACUUGUAUUUUUCUUCGAGAAAAAUUAAAUUUUUGCAUUAAAUGUAGCUAUUUUUAAUGACAUGGAAGUUGAUCUAACUGAAAAAAAAGAUAAAUUAUGUUACAAUACUGCUGUCUCUGAUACACAUAUUACAAUCUUAAGCAAAAGUAAA